CCAACGGCCAAUUCCCCAACUGCGCUUUUUUUCCAGUCUGGCUAUCUGAGAUCGCCGAAACUUUUUUUUUCCCCUACUCUUCCUCACAACCUUUAGAACUCCCAGCCUCAACACAUCAGACAUAACCAUGGCUCCCGCAUUGCGCCUGGCCACUUCAACCUUGAGGGCCUCACUGAGGGCACCGUCAUUUGUUUAUAGAAACACUGCCUUCACGGCCGCAAGAUGCUACUCCUCCAAGACUCAGACAUUGAAGGAGCGCUUCGCCGAACUCCUGCCCGAGAAGAUUGAGCAGAUCAAGGCCCUCAGAAAGGAGCACGGCUCCAAGGUUGUCGACAAGGUCACACUUGAUCAAGUAUACGGCGGUGCUCGCGGUAUCAAGUGUCUUGUGUGGGAAGGUUCGGUUCUCGACGCCGAGGAGGGUAUCCGCUUCCGUGGCAAGACAAUUCCGGAAUGCCAGGAGCUUCUUCCCAAGGCCCCCGGCGGCAAGGAGCCUCUGCCUGAAGGCCUCUUCUGGCUUCUCCUUACCGGCGAGGUUCCCACAGAGCAGCAAGUCCGUGACCUCUCAGCCGACUGGGCUGCGCGGGCCGAGAUUCCCAAGUUUGUCGAGGAGCUGAUCGACCGUUGCCCGACCGAUCUCCACCCGAUGGCCCAGUUCUCCAUGGCCGUCACAGCUCUUGAGCAGACCUCUGCGUUUGCCCGUGCCUACGCCAAGGGAGUUCACAAGAAGGACUACUGGGGCUACACUUUUGAGGACUCGAUGGACCUCAUUGCCAAGCUCCCUACCAUUGCUGCUCGCAUCUACCAGAACGUGUUCAAGGGUGGCAAGGUUGCGCCCGUUCAGAAGGACAAGGACUACUCGUUCAACUUCGCCAACCAGCUCGGCUUCGGCAACAACGCUGACUUUGUCGAGCUCCUCCGGCUUUAUCUUACCAUCCACACCGACCACGAGGGUGGCAAUGUCAGCGCCCACACCACCCAUCUGGUCGGCAGCGCCCUCAGCUCUCCCUUCCUGUCCCUGGCUGCUGGUCUGAAUGGUCUUGCCGGCCCCCUGCACGGCCUUGCUAACCAGGAGGUGCUGAACUGGCUCACCGAGAUGAAGAAGGUUAUUGGCGAUGACCUGAGUGAUGAGGCCAUCACCAAGUACCUUUGGGACACUCUCAAUGCUGGCCGCGUCGUUCCCGGCUAUGGCCACGCUGUUCUGCGCAAGACUGACCCGCGCUACACUGCCCAGCGCCAAUUCGCUCAGCAGCACAUGCCCGAGGACCCCAUGUUCAAGCUGGUCAGCCAGGUCUACAAGAUUGCGCCCAAGGUUCUUACCGAGCACGGCAAGACCAAGAACCCCUAUCCCAAUGUCGAUGCCCACUCUGGUGUUCUCCUGCAGUACUACGGCCUGACCGAGGCCAACUACUACACUGUGCUCUUUGGAGUCUCCCGCGCUAUCGGUGUGCUGCCCCAGCUGAUCAUUGACCGCGCUGUUGGCGCUCCGAUUGAGAGGCCCAAGAGCUUCUCCACCGAGAAGUGGAUCGAGAUCUGCAACAAGUUGUAAUUCUAAGCUCGGGUUAGGUAGUUGGGCGCGGCGCGAAUGGUUCUUUUACGGUCACUUAGCAUAGAAUGUAUGGGAAGUCGUCGGUUUCUGCAGCCCGGAAAGGUUGAUGAUAGACUGGGCGGAUGGCUAUCCAUUACGUAUGUACGAUAAUAUACAGAUUCCGUAUUUUGCCUUCGGACUAGCAAGGGACCCAAAAGCUCUUAUUGUAUGUACAGUACAGUAUACAUUUCCGGCGGCCGGGUGGUCAGCAAUGUUUGGCCGGAGGGGUCGGCCUGUGCACAUGCACUGCUUUGAGGAGGACGGAGCCCAGCAAGAUUUCGGAGGGUUUCGGGAGGCAUGGCACAAACGGUAUAUUUAACCUCCGGCACAUAUAAGAACCUACCGCACCUGCCUAGUUUUGUUGUAUGAAGAUCAAUUGAGG